CCCCCACAACUCUCCGCUCUCUCUCUCUCUCUCCCCCCGGAAACGCUCAUUCUCUCUCUUAGAAAAACAGAAAUUUCCCCCUCUCUCUCUAGAAUUUUUUGUUCUCUCUCUCUCUCUCUCUGAAAUUCAGCAGGACACGCCGGAGAAAAAUGGCGCAGAAGACCGAGAAGGAGGAGACGGAGUUUAAAGUUCCUGAAACUCUGACUCUCUGCGUCAAUAACUGUGGCGUUACCGGCAAUCCUGCAACCAAUAACAUGUGCCAGAACUGCUUCAACGCCACCACGGCUACCUCAUCAUCAUCUACCAUCACCACCGCGGCGACGACAGCUGGUGGCGUCGGUGUUGGUGUUGGAGGUGGAAACGGCGGUAGCGGGAUCUUGAAGUUUUCUUCCUGCGAGAAAACUGCAAGAUCUACCUCGUCUUCUCGUUCAACAGACAGGUCCGAUUCGUUUACGACGACUAGCCGGAGCAUUUCGUUGGAUCGGAGAGAAGGAGAUGUUUCGGCGGAGAAGAGGAUCGUGAACCGGUGCUCCGGAUGUCGAAGGAAGGUCGGGUUGACCGGGUUCAGAUGUCGAUGCGGAGAGCUAUUCUGCGCCGAUCAUCGGUACUCCGAUCGCCACGAUUGUAACUUUGAUUACAAGGCCGCCGGUCGCGAGGCCAUCGCCAGGGAAAAUCCGGUCGUCAAAGCAGCAAAGAUCGUCAGAGUUUGAUUCGUGAAGAAGAAGAAAGAUACGAAACGUUUUUCUUAAGCUGGAAAAAUUCGAGAUCGAACUCGAUCUCAUCUCACACGUCUGUUCCUGUUCUUAAAAAUGAUAAUAUUUUCAUUUUCAGCAAGAAAAUUAAGAGAGAGAAGAGAAGAAAUAUUUAUUUGGAUCGAUGAUUGAAUCUAGAAUUUCUCUCUCGUUGUUCGUGUUCGAUCGAUUGAAAAUUUUUUUCUUUUUAGUUUUUUUUUUUCUUGUUAAAUUAUUGAGAAGCUAAAGAUUAUUGUGGCGUAUACUAUUAUGUUGAAUGAAUCAGAAUUUAAUUUUUCAA